CUUUGAAUAUGUACGAUGAUGACAAUUUGAGUGUUGAAGACAUGAUGGCUGAGAAUGAAGAUGAUCAGGAGAUUCAGGAUGCACAAGGUGAUUCUGUAACCAGUCAUGCUAAGACCAAAGGUAACAAACGUAGACACUCGACAUGUUGGAAGAAUUUUAGUAUUGUAGGAGAUAGGUUGCCGGAUGGAACUCAUAAUAUUAAGUGCAAUCAUUGCAAUCAACCCUACAACAUAGAUCUAAGUAGGAUUGGAACUAAUACUAUGUUGCGACAUUCAAAACGGUGUUCGAUGACUCCUGGAUGUACACCUGGAAGUAAUAAGAAGCUGGAUAUGAUUGUCUUCCGUGAAAUGAUGGCGAUUGCAAUAGUUGAGCAUAAUCUGCCGUACCAGUUUGUUGAGUAUAGACGGGUGAGAGAUGCUCUUUCUUAUGUGAAUUCAAGCAUUGAAUUCUGGUGUAGGAACACGGCAGUAACUGAUGUGCUUAGGAUUUUUGAGAAGGAGAAAGCCAAUCUUAGGAAGGUGUUGAGUGAAGUUCCUGGUAGGAUCAGCUUCACUACUGAUCUUUGGAGAGUAAUCACGGUAGAGGGUUACUUGUGUUUGACAGCUCACUAUCUUGAUGCAAACGGGAAGCUACACGCGAAGAUAGUGGAGUUUUGUGCGUUUCCUCCACCUCACACUGGUGCAAGCAUUGCUAUGAAGUUAAUGGAGAUACUGAAAGAAUGGGGCUUAGAAAAGAAGGUGUUUACAGUAACGGUGGACAACGCUACUGCCAAUGAUAACAUGCAAGUGUUUCUAAAGAGACAACUUCGCAAAAAUCUGGUGUAUCAUGGUGAAUUUAUGCAUAUAAGAUGUGUGGCACACAUCUUGAACCUUAUUGUUCAAGAUGGGUUAUCAGUGAUUGGUGAAGCUUUAGAGAAGAUUAGGGACAUUGUGAAGUUUGUAAAAAGUUCAAAGAAUAGGGAAAAGAUGUUUGAAGCUUGUGUGGAAACUGUUGGGAUUCAGAAUCAGAACAAGGCUGGUCUUAUUUUGGAUGUGUCAAUGAGGUGGAACUCAGCCUUCAAGAUGUUGUCUAGAGCUAUUGAGUUUAAGGAUGCAUUCCGUAAUCUCUCUAAAGUUGAGCCAAGCUACAAGUGUAAUCCUUCAGAUUUGGAAUGGUCAAGAGGAGCACUCAUCAAAGAGUUUUUGUCUCCAUUUACUGAGAUGACAAAACUGGUUUCAGGCUCCAAAUACCCUACAGCGAACCUCUACUUCAUGCAGGUGUGGAAAAUAGAGAGUUGGCUGAGACAUCAUGCGACUUCAGAAGAUGAUACAAUAUGUGAGAUGGUGAAGAUCGUGAGGGUAAAAUUCGAUAAAUACUGGGAUGACUACAGUGAUAUAUUAGCAAUUGAUGCGGUCUUGGAUCCGAGGUUGAAGUUCAAGUGCUUAGAAUACUGCUAUACCACUUUAAACCCGUCUACAAGCAAAGCUAAAAUCGAUCACAUCCGUAAGAAGAUGGAAAAGCUGUUUGGAGUGUAUAAGAAGAAUACUAAGGCCACUACUACAACCGCUUCAUAAACAACAACGGAGAACAGUCUACCAGUCGGAUAUGAUGAGAAGGGAAAUCAGCUUUAGAUGUCUACUUGGCUGAACCGCCCAUGGAUUACUCUGCCUUUCCGAAGCUAGAUGUCUUAAAAUACUGGAAAAAUAAUAAAUCCCGGUUUAAGGAGUUGUCUCGUAUGGCGUUUGAUGUGCUUUGUAUCCCUAUUACAACUGUAUCUUCAGAGUCUUUUUUAGUGUUGGAAGUCGGGUCCUUACCAGGUACAGAAGCCGACUACUACCAUCCAAUGUACAAGCUCUCAUCUGUACAAGAAACUGGAUUCGUGGGUUUGAAC